CGCAGGAUCCGAAUCAGCUCGCGCGUGGUCCACCCGCCGGGUUCCGGCGUACCGGUUCCAGGAGCAAUACCCGGAUCCAGCACGUCGAUGUCAAGACUCAGGUAGACGGGCUCAUCUGGCGAAAGCCCGACGCGCGAUAUGAUGGUGUCGAUAACUCCCUUCGGCCCGAUGUCGUCAAUAUCGUCUGCAUGGAUGCGCAGGAACCCCUGCUCGGGCCCCGGAUUGGAAUAGUCGCCAUCAUCCAGGCCGGUCAGGCGGGUGCGGAGACCAGCAUGUGCGGAGCUGGUGUUGGAGAUUAGCCCUUCGCGGCUAGCUGUGUGGAAAAAGCUACCAUGGUUGAAGCGUGAUUGGUCGGAUGUCCAGUGAGUGGAGUAUCGAGUCGGGUUCCAGGUAUCAAGGUGCGCAUCAAAGUGCAGGACUGUGAUUGGUUUUCCGUAAAUCUUAUACAAGGCACGUAGGGCCGGUAGGGUGAUGCUGUGGUCACCACCUAGUGCGACAAUCCUGGGUUUUCCGCGCGAUAUGCCUGAGAUGGGAUUUGGAGCUUUGCGCGUGCCUAGUUCCAGAAAGGCUUCAUACAUCUGCCGUUCUGCCACGGCAUUGUCGAAUGGCAUAACGGGGACAUCGCCGCAGUCAAUAAUGCGCGCCCAGUUCAGAUAGGGGUUGAUGGCAGCGCGGGUGUUGUAGCUAUUUCCUGGGAGCUGACGAGCGCUUGCGGCGCGGAUGGCGCGGGGCCCAAAACGGGCUCCUGGGCGGUAGGAGACAGAAGUGUCGAAGGGAACCCCAAGAACAGCGAUGUCGUAUUGCUCGUCAGGCUCGAUGAGGCAUUUUACGUGCUUGAGAUGGGCGAAGGUCGAAACCCCAGAAAAGCUCCACUGACAAGAUGAUUUUUUAAGAUUAGAACAGGUCCCAGCGGAGGUAAUUGCGCGAAGGCAGAAUGGACAGGCGUAUAAUUACCUCCUGAUCCCAUUUCUUCAGGAGCUCUUCUCUGCGUUUGAUUGGGAUCUCCUCAUUGUCAUGAUGCUCGUGUCCAUCAUGUGCAUUGACAGAGCUUAUAUGAAGGAGCAACCCAGCUAGGAUGCUUGUCCAGCCUCGAAGCAACAUUUUGUGUGUCUCAAGCUGCAGAUGCUACAGUUUCCUCUGCAGAUACUGGAAAGGGACGAGAAAGCUGGACGCCAUGACAACAGAGAGCUGGCCUACAUUGCUUGUAUUGCCCCCCUCUCGCGAUGGGAAGCCGAGGAGAGCGGCAAACAGCGUCUCCGAUUGGAAGGUUAGCCGUCGCGGGAGUGGGAGGGGGGAGUGCCGAGCAUGAGCAUGAGUCAGCAAUCGGAGUGCUAACUAGUUAUCCUAUCUGAAUGCGUAUGCAAACACUAAUAUGUACUGUACAUCAAUCAUAGGAAGUUUUGUUGCUUGUUCAUUGCCAGGUUAUUUAGCAUAUCACGCCGUGGCACCCGUCCAGCCUAGUGAUUAGUGCAUUUUCUUCGUGAGAUUGCGACCUCGUCGUGCGCGAAGCCUGUUAACUAGCUCUUCGGUCCUGCUUGGUUCAGGAGGAUUCUCAUUAGGGUGUAAAAGUGCCAAUUCUACUGUUCUUGUAUCAGGUGAGGCCGAGGUCGUAUUCCUGUUCUCAUAUUUAGAAGGGGACGGGACGGCUUCAGAGGCUUUUCAUCAUGGAGAUGCUGCAGGACGGGAAGCCUUCAUUGGGAAAACUAGGUGGUGGUAAAUGGCUAGCUCCCGCACAGGUUGCACUCUACAGUCUACUACUAUACGAGGCUGGUCAAUGGGGAAAUCUCCGUCCUCUGCCUUAAGAGAAAGAGUUUUCUUUUACACGGACACUUGGAGAACAUUCCUAUUUUUGAUUUGUAAUUGGUUUGUGUUUGUAAUCAUUCCGUCUGACUACCCCGCAGUGCAGUGCAGUGGGGAGAAGGAAUUCGCGCGUCUAAAGUAUUAUUGUUGGGAUGCAGCUCAUCACCGAACUCAAUCCAGGGACAAAUCAGCAAUCAGGUUGAUGGAGGCGUAUGGAAUGUAACUACUGUGACUUAACUAUCUGCCAUCCAAGCUGCCUAGUUCGAGUGCAUCUCAUUGUAUGAAGGCCAGGAGAAUAACUCCCCUGUACAAGACUGCAUCUCUCCGUAUAAGUUAUUCACCGCUCUCUAUUAAUAAUAUGAAUUAGUAAAAACUACAAUGCGCUUGAAUCCUUCCUUCAAAGAGUUGCACCGCAAUCUCAUCCAGUGUUGUUCGGCGCGAUCAAUUGUCCCGGCUGAAACCUCGGCCGCUGCUAUAAAUAAGAACCACUCUCUGUCCGUUCCCAGGUCGAACAACAAUCUUCACCAUUCCUCAUCGCUCCCCAUAAUCUCAUUUCCAGGAAAUCCUCUCACCACCAGCACCAGCACUACCACUACCACCUUUCCAACAUGCCUCUCAGCACUUACGAUGCCAGCAUUGGGCUGCUCCUCAACGGCCUUAACACCCUCAAUACAAUCCUCGCUAAAGCCGAAGAACAUGCCAAAGCCAAGGAACUCAACGUCGAUGACUAUGUUCCAGCCAAGCUGUACGAAGACAUGUUUGCCCUCGAUUUUCAGGUAUACAUGGCUGUUGAUACCGCAACAAAGUGCGUCGCCCGCCUGCUUGGCACUGAACCAGUAGAGUGGAAGAGGGAAGAGACAUCCUUCGCAGCCCUCCAGAAAAAAACAACCGAUGCCAUCGAAGUCCUCAAGAAGGUGGAUCCCGAGGCGGUUGAAGGCAAAGAGGCCAAUACCGUCACGAUGGUCAUCGGGGCUGGCAAAACCAAGACCCUCCCCGGAAAGGAAUACAUCACCUCCUACUCGGUUCCGAACUUCUUCUUCCAUCUGCAGAUUGCAUACGCCAUCCUACGACUCAAAGGAGUUCCCGUGGGCAAGCUUGACUACCUAUCUUCGUUCUCCUCGUGAAAAAAAAAAAAAAAAAAAAAAAAAAAAAAAAAAAAGACGACCACAGUGGAGAUAAGUUUGGCCCUGGGCUGGAGGAGGUUCCCGACCCAUGGGCGGCAGGUCUCAGCAUGAGAUAUGACGGAAUGGGAAUUGUCCUAAAAAUUGCAUGGAAGAUGGAAGCUGAGAAUAUAAAUAAAUUAACUAUACUUUAACUACAUGAUAUAAAUCAAUUCAAACCCUUUUAUUGUAUUCGUGAA